AUGGCCGAACAUUCCACCCAUAUUCGACACGUACUCCUUUACGAGUUAGAGUCUGGUCACUCCGCUGCUGAAGCCCAUCGAAACUUGAGUCAAGUAUUCGGCACUGAAGCCACUUCUGAGCGGUCUGUGCGUGCUAGGUUCCAGCGCUUCAAAGCCGGAAACAAGAAACUCGAAGAUGAGCCUCACUCUGGUCCGACCGACUGCAAUAUCAUUCGACAAACUGAAGAAUCCGGCGGAGCAGCAUCCAUGUGA